UUGUUCCAAGCCAGAUAUUGCUGGGAUUCUCACAUUAACUCCCUCCACUCCAAAGGGGUCCGGAGGCUGGGAUGCUCUGCCCUCCUGAAGGAUGUUGACUCUCGAGUGGGAGUCCGAAGGACUGCAAACAGUGGGUAUUGUUGUGAUUAUAUGUGCAUCUCUGAAGCUGCUUCAUUUGCUGGGACUGAUUGAUUUUUCCGAAGGUUUCCUCUACGCUCAGAGCAACACCAAACGCAGCAUCAAAGAGCGGCUCAUGAAGCUCUUGCCCUGCUCAGCUGCCAAAACAUCGUCUCCUGCUGUUCAAAACAGCGUGGAAGAUGAGCUGGAGAUGGCCACAGUCAGGCAUCGGCCUGAGGCUCUUGAGCUUCUGGAAGCACAGAGCAAAUUCACCAAGAAGGAGCUCCAGAUUCUUUACAGAGGAUUUAAGAAUGAAUGCCCCAGCGGUGUUGUGAAUGAAGAAACCUUCAAAGAGAUUUACUCACAGUUCUUUCCGCAGGGAGACUCUACAACAUAUGCACAUUUUCUGUUCAAUGCAUUUGACACAGACCACAAUGGAGCAGUGAGUUUUGAGGAUUUCAUCAAGGGUCUUUCUAUUUUGCUCCGGGGGACCGUACAAGAAAAACUCAACUGGGCAUUUAACUUAUACGACAUAAAUAAAGAUGGCUAUAUCACUAAAGAAGAAAUGCUUGACAUAAUGAAGGCGAUCUACGACAUGAUGGGCAAGUGCACAUACCCUGUCCUCAAAGAAGAUGCACCCAGACAGCACGUGGAGACAUUUUUCCAGAAAAUGGACAAAAAUAAAGAUGGAGUUGUUACUAUAGACGAGUUCAUCGAAAGUUGCCAAAAGGAUGAAAACAUCAUGCGCUCCAUGCAGCUCUUUGAAAACGUGAUUUAACUUGUCAAAGACGCCCUCGGUCAGACAAAUGCGAACUGUUCGACCACACUUAAAAGUUGGAGCUCCCCCGUUUAGCAUAGAUUGCUCAGCUUACACUGAGGCAUAUUAUGCAAACCAGCUUUAUUUAUUAUGAAGCAAGUCCCAAAAGAGUUUUUGAGUUUUCCACUUUUAACUUCACAUCCUUUUCCUAAUGCCACUGAGUUCAUGGGAUGGUUUCAGUCAUUUCACACCCUGUGAAUACUCAAAAGUAAUAGAAUCUGGCAUAUAGUUUUAUUGGUACUUUAGCCAUGAAAUUAUUAAGACCUUCACAUUAUCCGUGAGUUUAAAUUUAUUCUAUUUUUUUUUUUUGCUACUCAUUUGUAUGUAUUCAACCCCAGGAUUUUAAGUGGUUUUCUAAAAUAGUGGCAUGUGCAUUUAAUUUCCAGAAAUUAAUUUUUAUGCCUGUAUGCUGCAGUUCUAUUCAUGUACUUUGUCAACAGGAUUACCACAAUUCAAGAAAGCAAACACAUAGUCCCAGUUUCUAUGGAUUUGCUACCUUCUGUUCAAAACAUCCAUUUAUCUGGCAUUUUUCAAAUAUAAAACAAAUUAGUUGAACACCAAAUGUCAACAUAUGCCUAAUAGCUUAUUUAAUAAGCACUUCUUAAUUUUUCAUAAAUGCAUAUUACAGCUAAGGUCUAGACGAUGUAUAUAACUUUGGAUUUGUUCAGUCUUCCAGGCUGACUUGUUUUCUACUGUCAUUAAGUGGAAGUCCAAGGUGUGAAACAAAGUGAGGAUGUUUAUAGGCAUAUGCAAAGGGUCAGGGUAUCUGUCCAGUACCCAGAAAUGCUUAAUAAGAAGUAAAUUUUAGCCCUAGCUAGUGUGGCUCAGUGGACUGUGUGCCAGCCUGUGAACCAAAGGGUUGCCUCAAUUCCCAGUCAGGGCAUAUGCCUGGGUUGUGGGCCAGGUCCCCAGUAGGGGACCCAUGAGAGGCAACCACAUGACAUUUCUCUCCUUUUCUCCCUCUGUUCCCUCUGUCUAAAAAUAAAUCAAAUCUUUUAGAAAAAAGAAUUAAAUUUUAACAGCAUUGAAAGCCUAUUGCAUCCUUUUCCCUGACUUCCCCAUGGCACCCUUAUAAAUUACAUGCCAUCAGGGACAAAGGAACCUUCAUCUCCCCAGUGUGUGCUAGAAACAAGCCAAAAUCACUUUGAAAACACCAGUGAUUCCAUUAUAGUGAAAACUCCGAUACCAAAAUGUAGUGGAAAAUGAAUACGAGUGCUAAGCAACUUAUCUGGACUGUGUUAGGAUUUAGCUUACCAUAAAACUCCAAUAAUGCUGAUUCUUUUUAACACACUUCAGCCAAAAUUGUCAAGUUGCCACAUUACUAAAGAUACACACACCUUCAGUUUGCAGAAAUCUCACAGAGACCAAGAGGCUGCAGGAGGAGGAACCUUGCACCUGUCCUUGGGACAACAAAUCAGGUAUCUAUUCUGGUGUAGAGAUAGGAUGUGGGAAGCUGCCCUGCCGUCACCAGUGUAGAAAUGCUAAGUAGUACAAUACCUGUACACUGAAACCCUCCAUCGCGUGUUUGUGUAAACUCGGCGUGCACAUUUUGUACUUCAAGGAAAAAUAAAAGCAAGUAAAAUGU